GGCAGACACUCACAUUCCCCUCUACAUCCCCCGUGCCUAGAACAGGGGACAGGGGGCCCCACCUCAAGAAAUGUCAGGCACAGCAUCAUUUCCUGGGAUGCUGCAAAUCCAGGGAGAGGCAAGAGAGCUGUAUUGGGAAGGGAGACUCCAGCCCCUCAGCGCAGUGGAGCGCUCAGGCUAGCCCUGAGAGGCCAGAUCUCUGCCCAGGGGAUCCAGGCAGGUGGCAGCACAGAGCCCCAAGGCCAGCGGCCCCUCUGACCUCUCCUCCCCACUUCCCAAACGUCCUUUCCUUUUCUGGGAAACAAGGCGCCAAGCUUUGGGACGGUCCGCCGAAGGCAGUCAAAAUAGUCAGUAGGGACAAAGCGUGCCCCCUACCCCCAACAGGGCCUUUGCCCCACUCCCUGUUCCAUCUGAAUCUUUUCCCCACCGCACCCUCCAACGCAGGCCCGGGCGGCUCAUGAAUGAACUGCACUGUGUGGGGCGCAAGGAGAGGACACGCUCCUGGGGCCAGCAGCCUCUCCAGCCCGCGGACCAGUCCCCAGACGGGCUAGGAGGCUGCUGCCAGCCGCCUCCUACCAGCGCUCACAAAUCCUGCCCUUGCCUAAGCCCGAUCCUCCGCCCCGGACCGGCUUCGGUUGUACUCGCCCCGGGAGCAAGAGAAAAGAUAAACGACACCGAGGGCAUCGGACUUGGCGACCCCGGAAUCCAAAACUCGGGGGCGGCUGGUUCCCUGCAGCGGCGGCGGCGGCGGGCAGGUGAGGCGCAGCUGGAACCCCGGAGGGGCACGCAGGGGACGCGCACCUGGACUGAGCAGGGUUUGCUAUCGUAGGAUCCCAUGGCUUUCUUUACUAGGCUCUGGAGCCCAUUCACCCGUGUUAGUGGAGCACUCAGCCAUUGCAAUUUCAGCACCACUGGGAGCCUCAGUGCAAUUCAGAAGAUGACGCGGGUGCGAGUGGUGGACAACAGUGCCCUGGGGAAUACCCCAUACCAUCGCCCUCCUCGGUGUAUCCAUGUCUACACCAAGAAUGGGGUGGGCAAGGUGGGCGACCGGAUACUGCUGGCCAUCAAGGGACAGAAGAAAAAGGCACUCAUUGUGGGGCAUCGCAUGCCUGGCCCCCGAAUGACCCCCAGGUUUGACUCCAACAAUGUGGUCCUCAUUGAGGACAAUGGGAACCCUGUGGGGACCCGAAUUAAGAUACCCAUUCCCACCAGUCUGCGCCGGAAGGAAGGCGAGUAUUCCAAGGUGCUGGCCAUUGCUCAGAACUUUGUGUGAUCAGAACACAGGCCUCUGGUUGCAGGAGGCUCACCGAUGAAGCAGUUCUGAGAAACACACCUUUGCUGAGAGGGAACUUGAGAGCCACAUAGCUGGUCCCUUCACGCUGGGUAACAGUAACAUUGUCCUGUGAGAGAAUAAACAUUUUCAU